GUGUGACGUGAUAAAAUUAAAAAAACAUGCAGUACAGUAUGUACAUCGAACGGUUUCGGUCACUCACUCAAAGAUCAACAGAGGUCGGAGACGUGACCUCGGCGAGGGCGCUCGGCGCGAAGUGCCGGCGCCCUCUUCGGCGGCUUGGCGUUUUCGCCGCGCGUCGUUUACUCGUAGCCGAAACUGUAAUCCCCGAAGUCGUAUCCCCCGGAGUCCCCGUAGUCGCCGUAUCCGGAGUAUGCAUCAUCACCGCCGUGUUCGGAGUAAUCGCCGUAGCCCGAGUAAUGGUCAUAAGCGGCGGGCGCGGGCUCCGCCGCGGCGGUGGCGGGCUCCGCCGCGGCGGUGGCGGGCUCCGCCGCGGCGGUGGCGGGCUCCGCCACCGCCGCUUGGUCAUAAGCGGCGGUGGCGGGCUCCGCCACCGCCGCUGGGUCAUAAGCGGCGGUGGCGGGCUCCGCCGCGGCGGUGGCGGGCUCCGCCGCGGCGGUGGCGGGCUCCGCCGCGGCGGUGGCGGGCUCCGCCGCGGCGGUGGCGGGCUCCGCCGCCGCCGCUUGGGCAUAAGCGGCGGUGGCGGGCUCCGCCACCGCCGCUGGGGCAUAAGCGGCGGUGGCGGGCUCCGCCGCGGCGGUGGCGGGCUCCGCCGCGGCGGUGGCGGGCUCCGCCGCGGCGGUGGCGGGCUCCGCCGCGGCGGUGGCGGGCUCCGCCGCGGCGGUGGCGGGCUCCGCCACCGCCGCUUGAGCAUAAGCGGCGGUGGCGGGCUCCGCCACCGCCGCUGGGUCAUAAGCGGCGGUGGCGGGCUCCGCCGCGGCGGUGGCGGGCUCCGCCGCGGCGGUGGCGGGCUCCGCCGCUGGGUCAUAAGCGGCGGUGGCGGGCUCCGCCGCGGCGGUGGCGGGCUCCGCCGCUUGGUCAUAAGCGGCGGUGGCGGGCUCCGCCGCUUCCGCGGUGGCGGGCUCCGCCGCGGCGGUGGCGGGCUCCGCCUCUUCCGCGGUGGCGGGAUCCGCCGCUUCCGCGGUGGCAGGCUCCGCCGCUUCCGCGGUGGCGGGAUCCGCCGCUUCCGCGGUGUCGGUCGCGUCGGUAGCAUCGUUGAGCGACACCGCGCGCGAGUCGAAACCCUGAGGGCAGGGGAUAUCCGCUUCGUACGCGUCGCGCGCUCGGAUGAAGUAGCAGUAGCCCGCGUCGACGCCCCGUUCGUGGUAGACAUCGACGGUGCCUUCUUCUGA